AUGGUUGCGAAAGGAAGCUUGGGGAAAUACCAGCCGGGUAAGCCAUCGCCUGCCGUAUACUGGACAGUGUUGAUUUCACUUAUUUCCUUUUCCAUUGGUGGUGGAUAUCUCGCGGGAACGCGGCCGAAUGGGGAAUGGCGAUUGUUCUCCUGGCACCCGAUGCUAAUGACGUCGGGUAUGGUCGGCCUGGCUGGGAUCGGAGCCCUUACGAAAAAAUUGGGCGGCUACACGAAUACCAAGCUUCAUGCAUUGUUGGGAUGGUCUUCCAUUUUCACUUCGUUUGCCGGUAUCUACGUCAUAUACCGGAACAAGGAGAUGAACGGAUACGGACACCUGAAAACUGCUCAUUCGCAGGCAGGGGCUGCUGUCGUGGUGACGACGGUCGGUUUGGGACUUGCUGGAAGUAUUUUUUUGCACCCUGAUUUCGGCGUGGACAAGACGAAUAAGACUAUUCGGUUGGCCCACAAGAUGGCCUCGCGAAUCACACUAAUGAUAGCCUGGUUCACGGCAUUUUAUGGAUUGAUGGAAAUGAUUCCCAAUGAGCCAAAAAUUCUUGCCAUGUACGGAUUUCCGCUUCUUAUGCUGGUACCUCUUGUGCUGAUUUGAAGCACUCUAUUUUGUUUGGCCACCGCAGUUUUUUUUCUGUGUUCUCGCUUUUAACGAAAACAAAGAUAUUGUGAGCACACUACUAUAAACCCAACGACCAGAACACC